AUGCGGCGCAGGAUCUCGAGACGAUUUGAAGCGACGCCACACGCUUUUUUCGUUGACGCUGACGUGGAUUUCGGCGUCGUUAUCAAAGUCAUCAUAAACUGCGGCGCAGGGUCUAAAAGAAGACGUGAAGCGACGCCAUCCUCAAUUAGCUUUGAGGUUAAUGUCGUCUUCAACGUCGUCAUGAAAUGCGGUGCAGGAUCUCGAGACUACUUGAAGCGACGCCAUCCGAUUUUAGUUUUGCCGUUAGCGUCGUCUUCAACGUCGUCAUGA